AUGGAAUCAACGGCGCAGGAUGCUGGGCUGAGGAAUCGAGUAAUUGGCGAGGUGGAUUCGUCAGAGGCGGUCUCCGAAGCCAACACUAUGCUCAAAUCACUCUACCUCGAGAGGAUGCAGCGAUCCUCAAGCCGAGAUCAAACAAAAACGUUUCGCUUCGGCUCUACGGUCGACGUGGUGGUCAAAGAAACUGCUGGAAUGGCGAUGGGUUCGCACGUGUGGGCGGGAAGCAAGCACCUUACUGACUACAUCAUGAAGACAUUUACUCCUCAAGAUAUGCACAAGGUUUGUUCCAAGGCCUCUACGAAAGAUAUUGGAGCUCGGAGCGGGCUGCGGCUUGACGUCCAUGGCGCUGAAGAAGCACUUUGGCCCCGACACGAAGGUGGUGAUUACCGAGAAGGCCGAGAUGCUCCCCCGCAUCCGCGAGAACCUCGAGCUCAACCAGAUGCAGGAGGACGAGAACCUGGUCGUACAAGAGUUGAAGUGGGGAGACAACUUGAGCCAGAUCACGGAAACGUACGACUUCAUCGUCGCUGCCGAGGUCGUGUUCGACGAACGAUUAUUCAAGCCUUUGCUGGAGACGAUCGUUGCCCUCAGUGGCUUCAACACAGUUUUGCUGCUCGCCUACACCGAGCGACAUCGGAGCGAAGCAACUUGGCGAGUUCUACUCGUCGACCAAGCUGCAUCGAGUCCCGUGGUCGGGUCCGGCUUACACACCCACGCCUCCGCCGUCGUCAUCCAACAUCGUCUCCUUCUCGGCCCUGCCGCGAGCCACUUCCUCCACCUACCUCGCGCCGCAGAUGCUGCAGAAGAACGUGGUACACCAGCAGAAGCGGAAAGAUGCCAGCGGGCUCGAGCAGACGAGGGACAUCGUCAUCUUCAACAUGA